AUGUCAGAAGAAAACAAAUACGAUGAUGAAAAUUUAACGCAAAAAGCAUCAUCAUAUUUAUUGAAUGACAAUGAGGAGGGAGUGGGAGAGGGGGAUGAUGAAGGAAAAAAGGAUGAAUUAAGUAUGAUUAAUAUGGAAUAUUUUAAAGAAGAUUGGCAGUUGAGUCAAUUCUGGUAUAAUGAAGAAACAACAGACAAGAUAAUACAAGAGAUUAUAAAUAAUACAACAACAAAAAGCAGAAUAGCAUGUAUUAGUACACCAACUGUAUUUGUUAAAUUAAAAUCAAAAUAUUCAUCAUUGAAACAAGAAAUAUAUUUAUUUGAGUAUGAUAGAAGAUUUGAUAUUUAUGGAAAAUAUUUUAUUGAUUAUGAUUUUAAUUCACCAAUGAAAUUUCAAAAAUCUCAAGAAUUCAAAGAUUCGUUUGAUUUUAUAUUAGCCGAUCCACCAUUUUUAAAUGAAGAUUAUGGCUUUAAAUUAUUGAUUUGUACUGGUAACUAUUAUUAUGAAUUAUUUGUGAUGACAAAACUUGAUUUGGAUUCUUAUACUUUACUUGAAAGACUUGGUACUGGUUCCUUUGGAACAGUAUUUAAGGCCAUCCAUAAAGAAACCAAUGAAGUUGUUGCAAUAAAGAUAAUUGAUUUAGAAAGUUCAGAGGAUGAUAUAAGUGAAAUACAACAAGAAAUAGCAUUAUUGUCACAAUGUGGAUCGUGUUUAGAUUUGCUUAAACCAGGUCCAUUUGAAGAACAUCAAAUUGCUAUUGUAUUACGAGAACUUUUAUAUGGCUUGGAGUAUUUACAUAUCGAAGGAAAGAUUCACCGAGACAUUAAAGCUGCUAAUGUUUUAUUAUCAGCUGAAGGAAAAGUUAAACUAGCGGAUUUUGGUGUAGCUGCACAACUUUCUAACAAUAAAAGUAAAAGAAAUACUUUUGUUGGAACACCGUUUUGGAUGGCACCUGAAGUUAUUAGACAAGCAGGCUAUGAUCACAAACGUCCAACAGCAAAAGAAUUAUUAAGACACAAAUUUAUCAAAUCCGCCCGUAAUACAAUACAAUUACAAGAACUUAUUGAACGAAGCAUAAAGCGUGAUGGAACACAAAGAGUUUUAUCAAUGUUUGAAAAAACUUUAACAAUUAAAAAUGACAAGUCAUUAAUUGAGGGCUGUUGGGACUUUGAAACUGGCAGUAUCGUUACUAGUCUUGGUAUUGUCAAUAACGAUUUUUCUUUUCCGAUACCUCCAUCGCUACCACCACAACAAUCAUCUUCUUCGUCAGCAGCUGUGGCUGAUUCUAAUGCUGAUAAUUCAUCUAAUAUACCAAGAAACGUUGAACAACCGAUUGCAAAUAUUAACAUAAAUGAAAAUAAACAGGCAAAUUUGACAAUUUUAUCAAACAAAAGACACUCUAUAAUUGAAAAUAAAACCACGAAUAUUAUAAUCGAUUCUUUUGAUGAAAGCAUUAAGGGAAUUGACGCUUUAAAAUCAUCAUCAAAAAAUAAUCGAUUAAGCGUUGCAUCAUCAUCAGCAUCUACUUCGUCGCUCUCAAGAUAUUCAAGAAACAUCGAGGUUAAGGAACCAGUUACUGAGGAAGGAAUUGCCGGCAGAAAUUUAGUAAAAGAUAUCAUUCUUCCGGCUAUUGAAAAGAUUAAAAAUAAUGAAUUGAAAGCAACAGAAUUGGAAGCACUUAGCAUGUUUGAAAAAGGAAUUGAUGAAUUGGAUCAUUCAAGCCCUGAUUUAAUCAUAACAAUUUUAGUAGAAAUACUGAAACGACUAAAAAUGAAUGCUGAAAUUUGUGAAAAAUUAUCGGAUUUAGGUGUAAUAUCAGAAGCGUUUUUAAAAACUGCAGCAUCUUCACAAUCAUCAAAUAAAUCGGGUUCAUUAAGUGACGACGAUUCAAUAUCGAACUCUACUAUUAAACCAAAAAAACAAACGCUGCCAUUAUCAACUACACCGCCCUCUUCGUCUUCAUCGUCAAUAGAAGACGAAUCACCCAAAGCUCCGCCUAUCAUUGAAAUGAUAUAUGUUAGAUGGAUCGAACAAUUAAGAAUGAAAUGGCUUAUGGGUUGA